UUUUUUUGUUGUUGUUACAUUGAAAAGUUCGGAAGAAGAAAAAAGGACACACCUUUAAUAUUUUACAAAAUGAAAGAUUUAAUAAUCGGGAUCGGUGUUCAUUAAACGCUGUCAUUGAAUCUUAUUGGGUUUUCCUCGUAUUUAGUGUAAUCUUGUAAACAAACACUUGUCAACCAUUUAGGUAGAUCUAUUUAGAAAUGAGAGCAUAAUGUGGCAUUAUUGGUGGGCCCAUUUUACUUACCACCUUGUGAGGUGGUUUCCGAGGGACAACAGAAGCAAGAUAAACGUUGUGCUGGGUUUAUUCACUCUCGGUUUACUGGUCCCACAGCUGGUGGUUAUGUUACACAAACACUCCACACGGUGGUGCCCGGCCCAUCUGUUUGAACUACUCAUCGUCUCGAUAAUCUUCACAUUAAUUUCUUGUGGAUUUUGUUUUUUGUUCAUGAUCAUGAACCCAGUACCACGGCCUGUCAAGAUUGGUUUCCAUGUGUUUGGGAUUGUCAGUUUUGUGGAGACACUGGUGCACAUCGCAUAUGCCUCUAGCCAGGCUGCAACGGAGGACUGCAAAUCUUCAACAGCUCCACUAUACUACAUCUCCUACGCAUUUGCCUGGAUAGGGGCUGCUAGUCUCAUUUUUAUUUUCCUGAUGGUGCCUUUCUGGGUGGUUAACGCUGUCAAACGUGGCUGUGUGCUGGACCUGAGGAACAGGGAAGGGUUGUGUUACGAACCAGUCAAAUGCUGCUCCUGUGUGUGGCAUAUCUGAUGCUGUUCUACUCUCUGCCGCCAGGAUGAAAGUGAUAAUUUUAUAAAGAAGUUCUUUUGGACAUUUCUGGUUUUGUAUCCCAUAACAGAGCAGUGUCGUUAAUUAAGGUAUACGUGUAUAAAAUUUCUUGUCCAUACUCAUACUUCCUGCAUCCAGUUUGGAAAGACCUUUACUCAAAGUUAGUGAUAUGAACAUUGUCAAGUUCAUUGUGGAUAUGAAAUUUACAAAAGUGAUUAGUGAAAAUAUUUUCAUACACAGUUUGUUAUCAUUAAUAUAUUACAUGUACACUUUUUAAUACAUAAAAAUUAGUAGUAUAAAACAGAGGUUAGUGGCAAUGCCCAUAUAUAAUAUUUUGUAUUGGUACAGAUAAUUAAUGAUUUACAAUUUGUACUGUCUGAUAAUUAAUGAUUUAACAUUUGUACAGAUAAUUAAAUUUACAUAGAUUCCAUCCACUGUUCAUUAAAUCUACAUAGAUCUUUUCCAUCCACUGUAUAUAAAAUCUAUGUAGUUUCUGUCUACUGUUUAUUAAAUUUAUGUAGUUUCCAUCCACUGUAUAUAAAAUCUAUGUAGUUUCCGUCCACUGUUUUAUAUUGCCUUUGUCAGCAGGUCUGACAAAAUACAUUUAUCAAUAUAAAAGUUCACUACCUAUUAUAUUAGAAUGUUUUAGUCUUUUUUAAAACCAAUUUUUGUUUUGUAUUUAAAGUAAAGUCCAUUUAUAUAUGCACUGUUAUUUUUAAUCUUAUCAUUAAUAUACAAGUAUCAUUUUUAAUUUCAUGUACCCAGUAAUAAUAUACAUACCAUGUAUUUUUAAAAAUUAAAUCUUGAAAGUAUA